AUGGGGAGAGAACUUGAAGUGCGGGUAGAAGGAUUAGAGACACUGGAUUAUCUGGACAACUUGAAGGGUAAAGAGCGAUUUACUGAACAAGGGGAUGCAAUAACAUUUGAAUCAGAAGUUAGUGUCCGUAGACAAGAUAUAUCUGAGUACACCUACAAAAAUUGCUAUCUGGACCAUGAGAGGAAGCGUACUUUGUGUUGCGGAAGGAUGGACUUCCAGAUGCUGGUAUAUCUCUACGGAGGACAAGUAACAUCUUGGAAGAAUGAAUAUGGAGAAGAAUUGCUUUUUGUUAGUAGCAAGGCUACUUUUAAACUUCCAAAGGCUAUUCGUGGAGGUAUUCCAAUCUGCUUUCCUCAAUUUGGAAGUCAUGGUUCUCUGGAACAACAUGGAUUUGCAAGGAACAGGAUGUGGAGCAUUGAUGAUGAUCCCCCGCCAUUUCCAACAAAUACUUCCAACAGGGCCUUCAUUGAUUUAAUCCUUAAGCACUCUGAAGAAGAUGCAAAGAUCUGGCCUCACAGAUAUGAGUUUCGCCUGAGGAUAACCCUUGGACCUGGAGGAGAUUUGAUGUUGACUUCUCGCAUUCGAAAUACAAACACUGAUGGAAAAUCAUUUGCGUUUACAUUUGCCUAUCACACCUAUUUUGCUGUUUCAGAUAUCAGUGAAGUGCGGGUAGAAGGAUUAGAGACACUGGAUUAUCUGGACAACUUGAAGGGUAAAGAGCGAUUUACUGAACAAGGGGAUGCAAUAACAUUUGAAUCAGAAGUAGACAAGAUAUAUCUGAGUACACCUACAAAAAUUGCUAUUCUGGACCAUGAGAGGAAGCGUACUUUUGUGUUGCGGAAAGAUGGACUUCCAGAUGCUGUGGUCUGGAAUCCAUGGGAUAAGAAAGCAAAGGCAAUGACUGACUUUGGUGAUGAAGAGUACAAACAUAUGCUGUGUGUAGAAGCCGCAUGUGUGGAAAAGCCAAUUGUGCUGAAACCUGGUGAAGAGUGGAGAGGAAGACAGGAGAUCUCUACUGUUCCUUCGAGCUACUGUAGUGGACAACUCGAUCCAAAAAAAGUAUUCCAAAGUGAUUAAAUUAUGGGGUUCUUAGUGGCGCGUUCCACCUACAGGUACUUGUUUGGCAUCAUGCAUCUCGUUGCAAUCAGGGGAUUCUUGCCAGGUUUUUUUUGGAAGGCAGAGUUCUAAGGGAAAGUCAAAAAAAGAGGCAGUUAAGAAAGAGGUCUUUAGUAUAUUGUAAAUGUCUUGGCCUUCUACCUACUGAAGAAGAAAA